UUUAACUUAUCAGAGUUAAAUCCAUUUAUCAAAGGGAAAUCAUAUUUAGAUUUCAUCAUAUUAACAUUUUAUUUUAUUAUCAACUCGUAAAUCUAGGCACGUAUUUCACAACUAUUAUUCCCACAAUAAUCUGCGCCUCCUGGUAUUAGCCUUACCAUCGGCCUUAAAUUUUGGGCUAUUAGCCAAACCCGUGACGUCAUUUUGUACUUGCAUCAGUCCUUCAAAAAAUUCAAGAGGUAAGACGUGUUUUUGUUUCAGGUUCUGUCAACCAUUUUGUUAAUGUUUUGGUUAUGCCGUCGUUUUGUGUAAAUUAUUUUGUUACGACGAAUUCUUAUUACAAAUUCUUAAUUCUCUGAAACCUUUCAAUCGCCGAUGACAAUUUAAAGCUUAGAUUUUUUAUGGAUUUAAUCGGUUCGUAAUACGGCACAUGUGGCAAUUGCUCGAUCGUGCACGUGUUUUUAAAACAUCCGACGAUUCUUUGUUUUAUCUUACAAAAUGUAUAUGUGUUGAUUUAUUCCUUUUAUAUUUAAUGAGUAAACUAUGCCAAAGAGGAAGGUUCGAGAGGCCCCGCCUGCACCACGUGCAAAGCCGCGCGACCGGAAGCGGGUCGCAACAGACAGCGCUGGCUCGGAUGGUCCACAGCAUAGUGUAAAUCUGGUCGAUCUAUCUGGUCCCCAGCAUAGUGCGAAUCCGGUUGAUUUCCCCACCUCACCUAACCUAAAUAGGGAAACCAUGUCGACCCAAAAGCAACCACCAGCGCUGAACAGGGAGCAGUUGGACGAGGUGACACGGGCAGUCAUUGCCGCCAUGUCUUGUAGAGCAGAGACCUCUCAUCCCCAGAAUGAGAUGACGCAGGAUGCAUCCGCAGAGUAUCCAGAUCAUACAAGAAUCUGGAUUGUUGGGUCAUCCAUCAUUAAACAUGCUUUUUGUCAUGCAAGAAAGUCUUGCCGGGGCACUGAUUUACAGCUAGAUAGACACAAGGCAUCCAUUUUCUGGCUGGGCAAAGGGGGCAUGAGUUUGGUUCCAGAUUCUGCCCAGGGGUGUAUGGAGGGGUGUGAGGAACCCAGUAGCUUUAGAAGAGGUUAG